AUGAAUCUGUCAAAUGUAGACAACAGAGACUGGCAAAUCAACGUCAGUAUGAUAAAGAAAGAAAAGCAAAUGAAUCUGUCAAAUGUAGACAACAGAGACUGGCAAAUCAACUUCAGUAUGAGAAAGAAAAAAUUGCAAAUGAAUCUGUCAAAUGUAGACAACAGAGACUGGCAAAUCAACGUCAGUAUGAGAAAGAAAAAAUUGCAAAUGCAUCUGUUGAAUGUAGGCAAAAGAGAUUGCAAACACAUCAAGAGUAUAGAAAAAAUAUUUCCAAUAGUUUAACCAUUGUUAAUGAAAUCCGAAAAUUUCAUGUGGCUGUUUCUAGAGGUCCACUGUACAUUUGUUCUUGCUGUGACCAAUUGUGGUAUAAACACAGUGUUGUUAAGGCUGAAAGGCUGAGAGUUUCCAAUCCUAAUGCAGGAAAAUAUUUGCUGAGUAAAAAAAGUGUCAAUGACAUUGAGUACAUUUGUCAGUCUUGUGAUAAAAAUCUGAAGAAAAACAAAAUACCACUUUGUGCAGCUAUGAAUGGAAUGACCUUUCCAGUGAAACCAGACUUUUUUUAUUUAAACAAGUUAGAGUGCAGACUUCUAGCACCCAGAUUAGCUUUCCAAAAGCUUAUGCAAGCCCUAAGAGGAAAUCAGUUGAAAAUAAAAGGAAAUGUUGUGAACAUACCAGCAGAUGUUAACAAUACUGUUAAUGUGUUAUCACGGUUACCUGAGGAAAGUGGCACAAUAAAAGUUCAGUUAAAGAGACGAUUACAGUAUAAGAGUUCUGCACUGUCCUUAAAUGUAAGACCGUAUAAAAUCUUACAAGCAGCAAACUGGCUGGCUACUAACAGUAAUCUUUAUAGGGAACAAGGAAUAUCUUUUAGUAAAGACAGGAUGGCAAAUUGUAACAUAUACUUGCAAAAUGAAACUGAGAGUGAAGAUGCUUCUCAAGCCAGCUGCAAUGAACAAAUAAGUGGUACAUGUAAUGCUAUCAAAAAGACUGCAGGCCAAGAAACCAGUGAAUUUCAUGAUUACUGGACUGAAGAGGAUGCAGAAAUACCUUCAGGAGUAACCGAUACUAUGUUAACUGCAACUGACUUUCUUGAUGACAAUGAACAACAACAAAUUUUACAACAUUGCCCCUGGGGAAGGAAGUGUACCUUUGAGUAUAUUUAGGGACAAGUAUUCUGAAGAGUUAGCCUAUCCAGGAAUAUUUCUAGGUCAAAAGAGGCCAGAAAAUGAACAGAGACUAGUUGAUGUUCAUUACAGUCAUAUUUGCAAAUCAGAAUUACGAAGGUCAGAUAGACGAGCUGCAAUGUCUACAGAGAAUAUAUUUUUUAAAACUAAAAAAUUAAACAUGAAGAUUCUGCUAGGAAAAUCUCAAAUAGCACUACGAAAAUGUAAAGGCAAUAAUAGAUUUCUUACAGCUGGUCAGUUAAAGCAACCAGGCACCUUGGAAAGAUUAGUUCAUCUUGGUGAUGAUGUAUCUGAAACUGAGGUUAGAAAACACAAAGACACUUGGAAAAACAUCAGUAAACAUUUAAAUGACAUGAAAGAAGGUGAAGACAUCACAUUUGACCAAUUGCUGAUUAAUCUCAAUGUCACAGAACAAAACUACUACCUUGCUAUUCAAUCAAGUCUCAAUUCUCCCACCAUAUUUUUGAGAAGAAAUCCAAAUGAACUAAGAGUGAACAAUUAUAACAGUGCCUGUCUAAAGGCAUGGAGGGCAAAUAUGGAUAUACAAUUUGUGCUAGAUGUUUAUGCUUGUGCAGCAUAUAUCGUGUCAUAUAUUUCAAAAUCUCAAAAAGGAAUGAGUCAGCUCUUACGAAGAGCAUGUGAUGAAGCCAGAGCAGGAAAUUCCAGUAUAAAGCAACAAGUAAGAGACAUUGGCAACCAAUUUUUAAAUAGUGUUGAAAUAAGUGCUCAGGAAGCAGUUUACAUAGUUCUUCAGCUACCAAUGAGAAAAAGUUCCAGACAAGUGAUUUUUAUUAACACCACACCUCCUGAGGAAAGAGUGCAACUCUUGAAACCAAUGAAUGAAAUAGAAGAAACGGAUGAUGACUCAGAAGAAGUUCACUCUAGUGGUCUGUAUAAACAAACAGGUAUAAACAAAGACCUGCCAGUUUUGAGAAUAUUUCACUAGCUGAUUGGGCCGCAUUGUAUGAUUCUUGUCAAAAACCUUUCAUGAAAAAAUCCAAAAGUACUGAUUUGGAUAAUCUCCCACUGGAGACAAUAGAUGAUGAUGAAAACAAUGAUGAUGAACUCUUUGACUGUGCCAAAGAAAGCACACAGGUUGGAAAACCAGGAAAACCAAAACAGCAUUUAAAACCCAGAAUCAUUAGGAGUGUGUGGUUCAAUGUAAAAUCUCAAUCAGAAAAACACUACCGUGAACUUAUUAUGCUUUUUACUUCAUGGCGAAAUGAAGAAACUGAUUUAAUGGGGAACAGUUCUUCAUAUCAAGAGUAUUACCUUCUUUUGAAAGAACAGAUAGAUAAACAAAUGAUGCAGUAUGCUGUCUGUAGUGAAGAUUUAAAUGAGAUUGAACAAGAUUUACACAACACAGAUUAUAAUGAUGAGCAGUUUGAUCCCAUAGCACCAAACACACAAAAUGUUGAAUUGCAAGAUGAAGCUGAGGGUACCGAAGAUUUACAUCCUGAUUUUAGUGAAACUAUGACCUCUCUGAUGAUCUUGGCAUUCCAUCAACAUCGCUGAAUAGUGAACCACUGAUAUUGAAUGAAUUACCAGAUUGUGAUUUUCGUCAAAUGAUCCAGACACUCAAUAAAGAGCAAAAAGAAUUUUUUUAUCACAUUUUACAUCAGAUUAAAACCUCAGAAACCCCUUUCUACUGCUUCCUCAGAGGAGGGGCUGGUUUUUCGCAAAUCACAUUUAACAAAGGCUUUGUAUCAGGCAGCGCUCAAGUAUUAUAACACUAGAGCUGGUGAUGAUUUUCAUCAGAUCAAAGUUAUACUAUUAGCUCCAACUGGUAAAGCUGCAUAUACCAUUAAGGGUAACACUCUUCAUAGCACUCUGGCCAUUCCUGCCAAUCAAUCACUGAGAAAUUACAAACAGCUUGAUUCAAGUAGACUAAACACUUUGAGAAGUCAGUUUGGAGGUGUUAAAUUGAUUUUUGUUGAUGAAAUCUCAAUGGUAGGAAAUGGUAUGUUUGCAAUACAGCUAAACAAUAGGCUUAAAGAUAUAAAAGGCUGUAGAGAGGAUUUUGGAGGUGUGAGCAUAAUUGCUAUUGGUGACUUAUUCCAAUUAGAACCUGUUAUGGAUGCUUAUAUUUUCAAAGACCUCAAAAAUGUAGAUUAUGCUGUUCUUUCUCCCAGUUUAUGGCAUAAACACUUUAAAAUGUUUGAACUUAAUGAAAUCAUGCGUCAAAGAGACAGCAAAUUUUUUGCAGAACUACUUAAUAGGUUGUGUGAAGGUAAACGCACAGCUGCUGACAUUGCAAAACUUAAAGAGAGAGCUAUACAUGAAGACAUCAACAAUCCAAUAGAUGCACCUCACUUAUUUAUACAGAAUGCGAAAGUAGAUGAAUUUAAUCAAAGGGCUCAUAAUGCAGCCACAGGAAACAAAUUCAUAAUAAAUGCUCAAGAUAGUGUUAUUGGAGCUAUCUCUCCAGAGAUAAGAAACAAAAUACUAAGAAAAAUACCCAAUGAUCCAAGAAAAACAAAACAGUUAGCCUCAACCCUUUGUCUUGCUGAGGGUGAAAGAACAGAUCUUGUUAUGAAUAUACGAACUGAAGAUGGCAUGACAAAUGGUGCUGGAAAUGUUGUUAAACUAGUUCAGUUACAUCAACAAACCAAACCAUCUGGUAUUGUAUGGGUACAAUUUGACCACUCAGAUGUAGGUCAGAAAACAAGGAAUGAAAAAAGACAUUUGUAUGUACAAGGAAUUGAACACACAUGGACCCCAGUAAACCCUGUGACUACACAGUUUGCAGUAGGUAGAAACAAAACAGCACAAGUUGUUAGAAAACAAUUUCCAUUGCGUCCUGCAGCAGCAAAAACAAUUCACAGGUCACAAGGUGAUACUGAAAGUAGAAUUGUUGUGGAUUUUAGUACCAGAAAUACUAUUCCACACAUACAUUAUGUGGGACUCAGUAGAGUGACUGCUAUAGAAGGCCUGUAUAUUUCUGAUUUGUGUGAAAGCAAGAUUGCUGUUAAUCCAGAUGUUAAGAAGGACAUGGAGAGAUUAAGAACAACUGCAAAACUUAAGCUUUGCAUCUCCCCCCUCUAUGACAUAACAUCUUCCCUUCUUAAACUGUGUUAUCUUAAUGCAAGGUCUCUUCACAGACACAUAGAAGAUAUACGUGAAGACUUAAAUUAUUUAAGUGCUGAUAUCAAUAUUUUCACAGAAACAAGAUUUAGUUCUCAAGAUAAUAAUGACAUGUAUGACAUUGCUGGUUAUGUUCUCUUCCGUAAUGAUAACCUUAAUUCCUGUAAUGGAUCAAGGUCUUAUGGUGGUACAGCUGUGUACAGUAAAAUCCCAUACUUACCUGGCUACCCCUAUUGUCACAAUAUACAUGGUGUUGAAAUGACAGUAAUUAAGUUAGCAAGUCUUGAGGAUUGGACAAUCAUAGGGAUAUAUCGCUCCCCAAACGUGCCUGUAAGACAACUUUGUGAAGCAAUAACUGAGGUAUUGAAUAACAUUUCACCAGACAACAAUAUCAUUACUGGAGACUUUAAUAUAAAUUGGCUUGUUGAAACAGACAGAAGACCUUUGUAUAAUCUACUAGUGAGGGAUAAACAUUACAAACAGCUCAUAUCAACUUAUACAACUGACAACAACACAAUAAUUGAUCAUAUGUAUACAAAUAUAUCUAACAUUGAUAUACAAGCAGAUGUUUUAGAAACAUAUUUCACAGAUCAUAAAGCUGUUUGGGCCUCAUUUCACAGUGUCCUAUAACAAAUUAUUUUAUCAUGAUGUACAUUGUUUUUAAGUUAAGAAAGCAACAAAAAAGAAAGCAGUAAAUCAUUAUGAAAAGAGUUGUUUCCCUUUUUUUCAGAGGAAUCUGUAAUGAGAAACUUGCAAAACUAUUAAUAAGGAAAUGCUGCUUAUUCAUCUGGUACCAGAACAGGCCUUUUAAAAUUAAGUUUGAAGUCAUCUUUCUAAGAUUUGUCCAGUUUAACAGCCAUUUACAAAAGACAAAAAUAAACUAUGUAACACAGUCUUGAAAUUUCAAGGCAGCUCCUUUAGCAUUUUGGUUAAUUUCUAACUGCAACCUUUAUUGACAACCCUGCAUUAAACAAAUUUCCACAGGUAAGUCUGCAACCCCUUCCCCCCCCUUCCCCUCAACCUUUCUUUUUUUUUUUUGCCCUACCUUCCAUUUGCAAUCUUACAGUGACAAAUUAAGCAUUCUUGAUCUCAUCAACUGUUUUAUCUUGUUUUCUGAAAAUAACUAAUUCUCAGAAACUUUCACUGUCAUUAAUUUUUAUUGUCCUUUUCCUUUAUUAAAACAGGUGAAGUAGUUUACUACGCACUGCGGACCUAUUCCAACACGCAGAGUGCACGCUUGAUGGUCAUGAUUUCUGGGAUAUAUCGAAAUCUGCCAAUUACAAAGCUACACCAAACUUACUUGGCCAAUCAGAAAACAGUAUUUUCGAUCCUCCAAAUGAUUAUAAAAACGACGAACACUACAAUUUAGUUGACUCAAUCAGAUCAGGAUGUCAACAAGCAGGCUUGCGAGGGAUACGAAGCAGAAAACGGCGAAACAGUCCCGAACAACUGUCAACCCGGUGGGCCAUCCAAGCGUCUUUAGCGCAGGAGACAAACUGUCAGAUAACUUAAAUCCAUCUUCCUUGUUCGCCUAA